CUCUCUCUCUCUCUCUCUCUCUCUCUCUCUCUCUCUCUCUCUCUCUAGGUUUAUCCUCUCUCUCUCGUCAACCGCACUCGAUUCAACCAUCUCCGAUCUCCGAUAUCAGUCUCCGAUUGAGGUAUUGAAAAUUGAAACGAUAACAAAUCACAUCUAAUUAGGUUUCCGGAUCUUUUUCACGGCGAUUUUAAAACGAACUUUUUCCGAUCAUCCGCUAUGACUUUUCCGAGAAACGAAGACUUCCACAACGACGAGACCGAUGGCUUCGAUCGCAUUUCCGAUCGAUCCAACGCCGAGGAUUUCGAGGACUCGUCAUCGGCCGCAAACGAGGUCGGGAGCUCCGGCGAGGGAGAGUCGACGCCGUCGAGGAGUGAGAUUGGGCUGGAGGAGCGAUUGACGGGAAUACUUGUGGACGGAGGCGAUGGAGAUCUGUUGCUACAGCAGAGCAACAGAGAGGACCGGGUUUUGCAGUGGCUUCAAGCGCUGGAUAUGCAGGUCAUGGGCGCGUGUCGCGCAGACGAGAGGUUGAAGCCUAUGUUGAAGAUGAAUGCCUCAAACGACGCCGCCGAGGGUCGGUUGCUGGCUCAUUUGACUCAGCAUUUUGAGCCGGCAGAAGUUGGAAUGCUAGCGAGGUGCUUCUGCAUACCGCUUGUUUCUGUUCGUGUUGGAAAGAUCAACAAGCAAGGGAUUUUAUUGUGCCCUACUAAUUCAAAGGGUAAUCUAAAUCUCACAAUCUUGCCAACGUCCGAUCUACGUCUUUCAUUUGUUGGGGAUGAUGGGCAUACGGGUAGACUAUUCACCUUAAAUAGCGAAUCCCAGUGCUCUUCUGUAGAAGUCAAUGAGAUUCCGGCAGACAAUUCUGGCAGGUCUUUCGUUAUUAAAAUCCCAGAUGGUCAGGUGUUUCACUUUUGGUGCUCUGAGACAUCAAGGCUCUUGGGAAUUGAAUUGAUUUCAAAGAUGAAGGAUCUGAUCAGGAGGAAGCCUUCUAUUGCCGAGUUGACUGGAAUCAGCGAGUCACGUCUUGGUUGCUUUGCAACUCACCUCCGUGCCUAUCUGAUGGGAUCAACUGUGGUUGGAAGUGGAUCAAAUUCUGCAUCCCCAAAUACUGAUUUUAAUAUCACCAAUAAUGGUCUCUUUAAUGCUACUCAAGAUGGACAACUCCCAUCGUCAUCAUCAAAGUCGCUGCGUUCUCGACAUAGUGUGAAUCAGUCAAUGAGGGCAAAUUCAUCAUUUCAGGGUAGCCUCAGUCCAAGGUCAAGCUCUUUCAAAGAGGGUCUUCCUAGAACCUUGUCAUCCCUGAGGAAUGUAACCAGGGAAAAGUUGAGGAGGCGAGGGGACAUCCAUUUUUCAGCAGUGGAUGACUCAACAAUUGUAUCACCAGUGGCAGUAAAUGCUCUUUCUAAUCAAUCUGAAAAUGACAAGUGUCCAGAAGCUGUCACUAGUUCUUCAUUAUCCUCAAGUUUUCUGGAGUCACUUGGAACAUUGACUGUCCAACCAAAUAUGAACGCGGCAUCUCAAAUUUCAUACUUGGCUAGUCCUCUUUUGUCUCCCUACUAUUGUUGGUGCCCUCCUGGAUCAUCAGGGUUGCAGUAUACACAAGAACCUCCCACAAUCUCUGGCUCAUCCAUUGAAUCGGCUUUGCUCCCACCACUUUCUUCUUUGUUACCUUCCAAUAUGCCCUCGUGUAUGUUGACAGCGAAGCCUCCACUUAAUUUGGCUGAUUGUCCUUUAUUGGAUUUUCCUGCAUUUCUUCCAGACCCACUCAUCCGGUUGCCAAUGCCAACUUCACAGCAGAUUCCAACCUUCAAUCCUUUGAUUUGUGAUCCAAUUGUUCACAUUCCAGUUAUUGAUAUUUGCUCUUCCGGUCAAGGCUACUUUGUCAGUGCUGGUCCCGCCAUUUCGACUGGCAUUCCUCCCUUGCACUCAAACCUUAUUAAUCCGUUGAUUCCUCAGACUGAUUCUAUGUUGGAGAAGGGUGCUAGAGAGACUCUGCGCCGGCUGCUCAUAAGUGGUUCAACCCAGAAUAGCUCACCACUGAUGGAUGUAUUGCCUGCCAUGCUAACAAAUGGAGAUGAGAAUAGAAACAUGCUUGUAGCUGGGAGCCGGGGUCUGUACACUGGAAGCAGUGAUGUUGAUGUCAUUGCAAACAGCAUUGCAGCCAUGAGUAUGGUUUCGCUGCCUGGGAGUCGGGGUCUAUACACUGGAACCAGCGAUGUGGAUGUCAUUGCAAACAGCAUUGCAGCCAUGAGUAUGGUUCCACUGCCUGGGAUAUCUACCGGUGGAAGUAUUUUGGAGAAUUGUGGCAGCAACAACGGUUUUGAUAUACAGGAAGAGGGGUGUAGUGGAUUGGGUGGAUCCUGUUCGGAAGAUCAGGGUACCUUUUGUUCGAACUAUGGGGUGAAACGGAGUGAUGAAUAAUGUUGUAAUGGGGUCUUUUUGUUGGUUCUUUUUCUAGGCCUCUUUAUCUUAGUUCUCUACAGAUGUAGAUAUAGUUGGUGGCUGUAGUUCUUGCUUUUCCCAAUUGUAAUUAGGGGGUUAUCCCAUCUUUAUGGCUUUGUUUCGAUGUUGUGUCUCCAUUGUUAUUGUUCAUGAUUACAUAUGAAUGAAAUAACUGUUUGAAAACCA